CUAGCAUGGGGUGGGGCCUCGGCCUGUAGUAGGCGUGUCCCCGAUUGACAGUGGGUGGCUCCCCGUGCUGUCAGUGACACUUCCCCCCGGCCUAGCGCAGGGUGGCUCCCCGGCCUGUCCUGCCCUGUGUCCCCAGGAUGGCAGUGUGUGCCCGGCUGUGCGGGGUCGGCCAGCCCGGGGGGUGCCGGCGGAAGGGAGCCGGGGCAGGUGAGCUGGAGGACGGGGAUGAGGACGAGGUGCGGAUCGAGGCUGGGGGUGUGACUGGACACUGUGGCCCCCGGGGGCCCCGCACUCUGCUCUCGCUGCCCCCCGAGAUUCUGGUGGAGAUCUUCUCUUCCCUGCCCGGCACGGAGCUGCCCCGCCUGGCCCAGGUCUGCAAGAAAUUCCGCCAGAUCCUCACCACUGAUACCAUCUGGAGGAGGCGCUGCCAGCGGGAGUACGGCGUCCGUGAGAACCUGCGGAAGUUGGAGGUCACCGGCGUGUCCUGCAGAGACGUCUACGUUAAGCGUAUAAACCCGCGGGUGAAGUCGGGGCGGUUUAUGAAAAUCCUUCCCGACUACGAGCACAUGGAGUACAGAGACGUGUACACCUGUUUGUUACACCAGUACCGGCAUAUCUUGGGAUUAUGGCAGCCCGAUAUCGGCCCUUAUGGAGGACUGCUUAAUGUCGUGGUGGAUGGCUUGUUUAUCAUUGGCUGGAUGUAUUUGACCCCGCAUGAUCCCCAUGUCGAUGAACCAAUGAGGUUGAAGCCUGUGUUUAGGAUCCACUUAAUGGAGAGGAACUCUGCCACGGUGGAGUGCAUGUAUGGACAUAAAGGACCUCACAAUGGCCAGAUCCAGAUCGUGAAGAAGGAUGAGUUCUCCACAAAGUGCUUGCAGACUGAUUACCAUCGAAUGUCUGGAGGGAGGCAGGAGGAAUUCCGGACGUGGCUGCGAGAGGAUCUGGGCAGGACGCUGGAGGACAUUUUCCAUGAGCACAUGCAGGAGCUGAUCCUGAUGAAGUUCAUUUACAUCUGCCAAUACGACAACUGCCUUACGUACAGACGGAUAUACCACCCGCCCAGCCGGCCUGAUGACCUGUCGCGUCCUGGGUUCUUCAAAGGGACCUACGGAAGCCACGGACUGGAGAUCGUCAUGCUGAGCUUUCACGGGAAAAUGGCCAAAGUAACAAAAAUAACCGGGGAUCCAAACGUUCCUGCCGGCCAGCAGACCUUUGAAGUUGAUCUGACGCGGCCGGUUCAGCUCCCCGAUGUUGAGCGUCUCCGAAAUUUUGACGAGAUGUCCCGCCUUAUCUUGGAUGUCCAAGCUCAGAUACAAAGAGAGCAGCGGCUCACGGACAACGAGGAAGACGAUGGGAGGGAGCCUGAACCUGCCCGGGCCCAACCUGCCCGGGCCCAACCUUUGCCCGCGGUAAGGCCGGAAGAAAGAGACGCAGACGACGGAAGUGCCGAAAAGAACAGGCAAGCCCCCGCGGCCCAGUCCUUUGUGCUUCCAGACGGGGUAAUGGCGCGGAAUGAGGAAUACCCUCGCAGCUGUAAAAUCUGCUUUUUUGGUACAGGUCUCAUCGCUGGGCACGGGUUCAGCAAUCCGGAACGGACGCCAGGCUUGUUCAUCCUCUUCGAUGAGGACCGCUUUGGGUUUAUAUGGCUGGAGCUGAAAUCCUUCAGUCUGUACAGUCGGAUCAGAGACCGCUUCCAGAAUGGCGCAGCCCCGUCUCCAGAAGCCUUCGACGAAAUGCUCCACAAUAUGCAAUCAUGGACAACAUAGAGGGGGCGAGAGACGCCCGUAAGAUCGGUCCACGGUCACGGAAAGAUUAUUCCAACCUCGGUACCUCGAAGAUCAAUGCAUGCUCUUUCCAUGUGGCCCUUUGGAGCUCCCCGUUUACUGGGGAGGGGGGGCUGGAAAGCAACAAAGGGGUUAAACGGGGGGUUGCUGCGGAAAUCAGAAAAUGUAUAUACCAAGCCUCCCUUAAUGUAAUAAUAUAUAAAUAUAUAAAUAUAACUGUAUGGCUUCCUAACGAUUCCAAGGUCCUGCUUUUGUAAAGCUCUCGAGCGAGUAGAUGGCUGGCGAUGUCCGCGUAGUCGGGAUGAUGGAAGCGGGACGGGCCGCGAGGUAGUCCCAGAAGGAGCGACCUAUUAUCACGUUGGACUCGAUGCUUUUUACUGGGCAUACGCCGGAAA